AUGGCCAAGGAAAACCAAAGCGUAGUGACAGAGUUCAUCUUUCAAGGCCUUUCCAGCCAGCCAGGGACGCAGGCUCUUCUUUUCGUCGUGUUCCUCUUUUUUUAUGUGUUCACAGUGGUUGGGAACACCGUGAUCAUUACAGUGAUCAGAGCCAGUCACCAGCUGCGGUCACCCAUGUACUUUUUCCUCGCCAACCUGUCCUUCUUAGACAUCUGCUACGUCUCCACCAGCAUCCCACAGACGCUGGUGAACCUCUUGACCCAAAAGAAGACCAUUUCUUUCUCUGCCUGUGCUGCUCAGAUGUAUUUCUCCCUAGCUUUUGGCAUGACAGAGUGUAUCCUGCUUGCGGUCAUGGCCUAUGACCGGUACCUGGCGAUAUGUCAACCCUUGCACUACACCACUGUCAUGAACAGGAAACUUUGCUCUCACAUGGCUUUGGCCUCCUGGACCAGCAGUCUGCUGAGCUCCAUGGUCAUCAACAGCCUCGUCUUGAGGUUGCCCUUCUGUGGACCUGACACCUUGAAUCAUUAUUUCUGUGAAGUGCCAGCUGUGCUGGCUUUGGCCUGUGCUGACAUCGCCCUCACAGAGAUGGUGGUUUUUGUCUUCAGCAUCCUCAUUGCCUUCAUCCCCUUUCUCCUGAUCGUCGUCUCCUAUGGCCAAAUUCUUUCAACCAUCUUGCAGAUCCGGCCUACCCAUAGGCAAUCCAAAGCCUUCUUCACCUGCGGGUCCCACUUGAUGGUGGUAACCAUGUUCUAUGGGACGGCCAUCUGCAUGUACAUGAAUCCUAGGUCAAGGACCCCACAGGACGGGGACAAAGCGGUGACAGUGUUUUACACCAUUGUGACCCCCCUGCUGCACCCCCUCAUCUACAGCCUCAGGAACAAGGACAUGAAGGAUGCCUUGAGAAGGGCUCUUGCUAGCCCCAAAUCCCUGCUGAUCUGA